GAGGUGAUGGUCAACGUGGGAGAUGUGGGGAAGGAUUAUGAACACGGAGUUCAGCUGCUGAAGAAACUGAGCGAGUUCAGAGGAACCGGAGAGCGGGAGGUGACGGUGGACGACGCCCACAUCACCGCCAUCAACAGACGGGCCGCUCGACUGGAGAAGAGACAGAGCGCCGACCAGCUGGGGACAGUGAGACGGAGGAGACAGCAGCUCAACGACAGGUGGAGUAAAUUUCACGGAGACCUGGUCAGUUACAGGAGGAAGGUGGAGGCGGCGCUGGUGGUGCACGGCCUCAUCAGAGAGCUGGAGGAGGUCAGAGACCGAGCCAACGAGAAGAUGCUGCUGGGUCAGGACUGCGGCGUGGACGUGGACAGCGUGGAGAACCUGAUCAGACGCCACGAGGAAACGGAGCGGGAGGUUGGGGUCAUCCACGAGAGGUCAAAGGACCUGCAGAAGGAGGUCUCUCACCACCUGAAGGCCCCGUCGGUGAUGAGCAACGAGCUGAAGAAGAAACAGAAGGAGGCGCAGAGCGCUCUGACCUCUCUGGAGAGGGAGGUGAAACUCAGGAAGGAGAAGCUGCAGGAGGCCCACCAGCUGCAGCUCUUCAAAGCCAACCAGCGCCUCCUGCUGGACUGGAGCCUCAAACAGACCGGCGAGCUGGCGGACAAAGGUCUUCCCAGGACCCGGGCCGAGGCGGACCGGCUGGCGGUGGAGCACCGGGAUCGGAAGACGGAGAUGGAGGCCCGGGCCGAGCGCGUCGACUCUGUCCGGGACUUCGGCCUGGGUCUGAUCCGGUCGGGCCACGGCUCUGGGCCGGAGAUCCAGAAAGCCCUGAGCCAGCUGGAGGAAGCAAAGGCUGGACUGGACCGGGCCUGGCGCAACCGGAGCACCACCCUGGAGCAGGCUCGAGUCCUGCAGGAGUUCCUGGAUGCUGUAGACCAACGUGAGACCUGGUUCACCAACAAGGAGGUUCUGCUCAGCAGCCGGGAGGUCGGGAGCUCGGUGCAGGAGGUGGAAUCUCUGCAGAGGAAGCAGGCUCAGUUCGAGGAGGCCCUGGAGGCUCAGCUGGACCAGGUGGACCAGGUGGAGAAACUGGGCCUGAAGAUGAUCCAACAGAAACACUACGACUCGGACAACAUCGCAGCCAAGAUCAGAGCGCUGGGCGCUAGGAGGAGCCAGCUGCAGCAGCAGAGCAGAUGUCGUCACAAAGCUCUGGAUGAAUCCCUGAAGCUGCAGCAGUUCUUGUCCAGCAGCUACGAGGUGUGUGUGUGGCUCAGCGAGCGUAGCGCCGUAGCUCUGGAUGAGAACUGGAAGGAACCAACCAACCUUCAGGCCAAACUGCUCAAACAUCAGAGCUUCGAGGCCGAGAUCCACGCCAACCGCUCCCGAGUGGACGCGCUCACCAAGGAAGCAGAGGAGCUGCUCUCGGAGGUGAAGGUUGGGCUUCGUCUCAGAGAACUGAGGGACAGCUGGGAGGCUCUCAUCCACCUCUGUAAGGAGAAGAGGAGCAGACUGCAGGAGGCCUACCAGGCGCUGCAGUUCCAGCGCUCCCUGGACGACAUGGAGCGGUGCGUGGGCUCCGUGGAGAGGGAGCUGAUGCAGGAGGAGCAGGGCAGCGACCUGCCCUCCGUCAACAGGCUGCUGAAGGCUCUGCAGGGCCUGGAGGAGGAAGUGGACGGACACCGGGACAGAGUCCAGGCUCUGGUGGAAACGGCGAAGGGCUUCCACUCUCAGGGGAACUUCCUGGCCGAGGAGAUCCAGAUCAGAGUGGCACACAUCAUCAACAGGUACAACAGUCUGGCAGAGCCCCUGCAGAGCCGAAGGGACACCCUGGAGGCCCGGCAGGUUCUGUUCCAGUUCUACAGAGACCUGGAGGAGGAGGUGGCCUGGCUGAGCGAAAGACUGCCGAACGUCACCUCCGGGGACUGGGGGGUCUCGCUGAGCGGCACCCAGCAGCUGCUCCACCGGCACCAGGCUGUGAUGCAGGAGAUCCAGAGCCGCAGCCCAUUGGUCCAGGCCGUUCAGGAGGCGGGGCAUAGUCUGGUCAAAGGUCGUCACUUUGCGUGGGUCGACAUCCGCGACCGUCUGGAGGAGUUGGAGGGUCUCCACCGGGAGCUGCUGACGGAGGCGGAGAGGAAGGGGAAACUCCUACAGGAGGCGCUCACCAUCCACAGCUUCCUCUCUGAGGUCUCUGAGCUGCAGCUGUGGUUGGCGGAGCAGCGGACCGGUCUGGAGUCUCGGGACUGCGGGAGGAGCGAAGAGGUGACGGAGGCCCUGCUGAGGAGGCUGGACUCUGUGGACGUGGAGCUGGAGAACCAGAGGAGGACGGUGGAAGAGCUGCAGCAGAGAGGAGCCUCACUGCAGCUCCUGGGACAUCCCAACAGCCACCUGGUCAGCGAGUGUCUCCCAGGCGUCCCUGAAGGCCUGGAGAAUCUCCUCCAGCUCUCCGCUACUCGUCGCGCCGCUCUGGAAGACCAGCUCCGCCUCUUUGUUUUUGAGAGGGAAGCCAAAGAACUACAAACAUGGCUGACCUCCAAGAAGACCCUGGCAGAGUCCAUGGACUGCGGACAAGAUCUGGAGGACGUAGAGGUCCAUCAGAAGAAGCUGGAGGUUCUGGUGUCGGAGGUUUCGGGUCUGGGUCGGAGCCGCCUGACCUCGGUACAGCAGCUGGUUGGGGGGCUGCAGCCGUACAGCGAGGUCCGGAGGAGGGACGAGGGCCUCAGCGGGCUGUGGGACGACCUCAUGGGCAGCAUCAGGACCAGAGAACAGAACCUGCGGUCGGCUCGGGAGCUCCAUCAGUUCCAUCACGACGUGGACGAGCUGAGGGGCUGGAUGGCUCAGAAGGAGGCCGUGCUGGACUCCGAGGACCAGGACCUGCACUCCAUCCCGACUCUGCUGAGGCAGCACGAGGCGCUGGAGAGGGACCUGGUCCUGAUCCAGGAGGAGGCCACCAGGACCCGGGAGGAGGGCCGGGCCCUGAGCCGGCGCCGGCCCGAGGUCAGCGCCGCGGUGACUCGGAGGCUGGAGGAGGUGGAGGCCGGCUGGACCGCCAUCCGGGACAAGGCCUCCCGGCGCCGAGCCCGGCUGGACCGGGCCCAGGAGGUGCAGAGAUACCUGUCCCAUGGGAGCCAGCUGGUAGCCUGGCUGAGGGAGACGCUGUCUCUGGUUGGAGGGGAGGUGCUGGGCGUGGGGGGAGGCGACCCGGAGCAGCUCCUGAAGAAGCAUCAGGAGCACCGUGUCCAGAUGGACAGACUGCUCUGCAAAUCAGAGGCCGCCAAGGAUGAGGGGAGGAGCCUGAUGGAGGGCGGGACCUUCAUGUCAAAAGAGGUGGAGGAGCGCGUGUUGGAGCUGGAGGGGCUGGAGCUGCGGGUGGAGAAGCUUUGGGAGGAGACCAGGCUCCUGUAUGAGGAGGAGCUGGAGAUCUCCCUCCUGCAGAAGGAGCUGCAGCAGGCGGAGCGCUGGCUGAGCUCCUACGAGAGCUCGCUGACGGCCGAGGACUUCGGGGACUCCGUGUCGGAUGUGGUGGAGCUCCUGAAGAGGCAGGAGGACCUGGAGGCCAUGAUCCAGGCCCAGAACGACCGCUUCAUCGCACUACAGAAGAAGAAAACCCAGAGAGAGAAGCGACUCGAUGGAACCUCGGAGCUUCAGGACAGAGAAACUCCAGCCAAGGUUUCGUCCCCGAGAAGCAAACCGUUGACUCCAAAGACCUCCUCCUCCAGGGACGUCGUCCCCAGAAUGAACGAAUCCGUCUCAUCGUCCACGCUGAACGGGACAAGAAGCCACUUGAACUCUGCUAGCCCCUCCCCCAGCCCCCAGGCCAGGAGGGGCUUCAGUCCAGGCAGGAAGAAACGGGAGGCGGGCGAAGACGCUGUUAGUCCUCCUGCUGGUCGCACCUCCUCACCGUACUCCUCUUCUCUCGAACGUCCCCCCUCCUCCUCUAAGACCUCCCUUUCUUCUUCCUCCUCCCCUGCGAAGGACUGUUGUCCCCGAGCCAAACCCCCCCUGGCUCCAAAGCCCGGAAUCUCCUCCCACAACUCAUCACCUGACUCCCCCCCACCAAUCAGAGCGCUCAAUGCUCCCACUGAGCCGCUGCCUCCUCCCACUGAGGAAAGACAUCACCCCACCCCCGACUCUGCCCCGCCCGUGACAAGGGUGGAGCUCCACGACACGCCUCCCGGUUCUGAACCGGCUCCACCACCCGCCCCCCCGACAGCCGCUACACCAAUCACAGAGGAGGAGAGCGGGUCAGCUGACCCGGCUCCGCCGCGGGAACACCGGACAUCAGAGGACGCGGUGGAGGAAGAAGCCCCACCCGAGGUGACUGAGCAGCCAAUCAGGAUGGAGGGGACACUGGAGAUCAAACUGAAGCAAGGAGGAAACAAGGGGAUGGAGCACUGGGAGGAGGUGUUUGCGGUCCUGGAAGGAGAGACCUUUGGCCUCUUCAAAGACAGAGCGUCCGCCGACGAGAGAUCCUCCAGGUGGCCUCCAGUCAAUGUGGGCGGAGCCGUGUGCAGAGAGACCGCCCACCACCGCAGGAAGGAGAACACCUUCAGACUCAUACUGAAGGACAACAGUCAGUUCCUGUUUUCAGCUUCCAGCAGAGAAAUUCUGCUUCUUUGGGUGAAGAAGCUCCAAAGCGGCUCCGAGUCCACCGGCAGCGACUCUGAAGACUCCGGGAGGGCUUCGAGUUCUGAGAAGUUGUCCACGAAGGGACCGGCUCCACCUAAACCCCCCCACACGUACUACAACAGGCACCGCUACCACGAGGACGGGGGGGUCUCCACCACAGGGCCGCCUCCUGCUCCACCCCCCGACUCCCAGGACCCCCCCACCGAGACCCCCCAGCCGCGAGGGGGAUGGCGGCAGGGGAAACAACUCGAAAACGACGGUCUUCCGGCA